AUGGGCGGCUUGGUGGCACUCUGGUUCCUGCUGGAUAUUGAGAAGAGUGCGUUCCACUGGGUUUGGGAGGACGUGUACCUGCGAUGGCAGAUGUAUGGGCGUGUCUGGUGGGCGCGCCAGCAGCGCCAGCUUCGUUUGGCGGCGGCCGAGGCGGCAGCAACGGCAGAUACCGUCGAAUCAGCCGAGAGAAUCGUCGCCUCAGAGUUGCUUGACCUCUUCAUCGCGUUCGGCUCGCUUGAAGCCUCUCUGCCGGCUGAUAAGAUCUAUGCCCUUCUCGCCCUGGUUCCUUACAAAAGCCUGCCACCUCACCUAACACCCAACUAUGAUCUCCCCUUCAGGACCGUGUAUCACGACUACGCGCAGUUCGUGCUGCAGCACACCGGCAACAUCAACAUCAUUGCCUACUUCCCCCCACUCGGCGGAGACGCGCCCUCCUGGGUUCCCGAUUUCCGUGAGCAGAUCGAGAACGACCGCUCCGGCGACUCCAAGGGUCCUGGCCACGUCGACAUAUCCCCCGACGGCCUCGAGCUGACAGUCCGGGCGUAUGAUCUCGGCGAGUGUAUCAGCGUCAUGUCCCGUCCGACAGAAGGCGUCGAGUACGGCAUUCGCGGCUACCCGACCCGCUGCCCAGACCUGCGCGACGUCGCGGCGCGGGUCGACCAGGAGAUUGUCACGCGCACAGCCGAACUCCGCAGUGAGGACGUGGACGUCAUCCUCGAGGAGUGGCUCGGCCUCCCUACGUCGACGACAGACCCCGACCUGAGGCCCAUGUGGGAGCGCGCGAGGCGCGAGCUUCUGCACAAGUCCGACGGCGUCGGGGAGGAAGACGACGAGCUGCGCUUCUGGCUGAAGCUGGCUACGACGGCGUUCAACUCGUUCGCCACGUCGACGGGUCUGCUGCUCUACUACAGCUACAACAACUGGGGCCGCCUCGAUCCGCCGGCCGUCGGCGACCGCGUCGUGUGGGUGGACGGGAGUCACUUUGCGUUUGUGCUGCGGCCGGUCGAGGGGGGCAAGUUUCGGUUUGUGUGCUGUAGCGAGUACUGCUCCGAUACGCUGGUAGUCAAUGCGAUGAAAAGGAGUGGGUUGGAAGGACAGACGCCUUUCACGUUGGUUUAG